AUGCCACCGCCCUCAGGCGACAGAGCGGCGCGCUCUCGGUCGCCUGGGAACCUCAUUGACACUCCUAGCGCUCCAAACCUGGUCCGGACGCUGACCACCGCCCAGCAGUAUCUUGCCAAAGGCAUACCAGAACUUUUGGAUCGACUCACCAAGAUCGAAGAGGAGAAUCGGAGUCUCCAUGCUGAUCUCGAAGACCAAUCUGCCGGCCGAGAGCAGUGGAUGAAGCGUGCUCGGAAAGCAGAGGAGCGCCAGACUGCCAAACCGUACCUGAUUGCUAUAAUUGACGGCAACGGCCUCUGCUUUCGGAACCGACUUUUGCACGCGGGUAAUGACGGAGCUGUCGAAGCAGCUAGGUCACUUGCUCAAGACAUUCGUCUGCAUGCCAACCUGCAUCACAAGAAUGAUCUACCCCGAACUAUUGCAGUCACUGUGUAUGUCUUUCUUGAUAUCGACAAACUCGCCCUUGAACUGAUAGCCGCGGACGCCAUUGACGAACCGGAUCAGCUGCGAAUGUUUCUCAAGUGUCUGUCCAGUCAGCCUUUGAUUUCCGUUGUCGAUUGCAAUACCCAAGCGGUACAGUCCAAGGUCGAGCAGACCUACGAGUUACAUCUAGAGAAUUGCCACUGUCAACACGCCAUCCUGGCACUCGGGCCCAGCUCCGAGUAUUACUCAGUCCUAGCUGAGUACGCCGAUGAUGAGUAUACCAAGCUCAAGACCUCCCUCGUCAAGCCGGGAGGCGGCUUCCCACCAGAGUAUCUGCUCCCAUUCUAUUCGGCGAAGCUUACAUCCAUGCACGACGUGCCUCUCAUUCCUUUCGCGGGUGACAACACCUCUGAACUACAUCCUGUCCAACCACUUGGUCACGUUGUUGCUAACGUCCGAGACCGACCACGACCAGCAAUGUCAGACCUUGUGAACAUUGCCGAGUCCGAACCCAUAUCAGCCGAGGCCCACGGUGUCAGCAUUCAGCAGAAGUCAUUGCCGUCAAGCUCACUCACCUCUUUCCCAUCUGCUUACCCUUCCAAUGCGGAGCAAGUGAGGCCGCCCAUCAAAGCAUCUUCUGAUCCAGCUUCUUCUCGUUCAUCAGCUCUUAGCCACGAGCGUUCCACAGACUCUCCCUCACGCCAGCAAGACUGGGAAGUCGAAAAUCAUCUGAGCAAACUGCCUGAUAGACUACCAACCAACCGCCCGUGCACUGAACCCUUCGAGAACUUCGUGUCUUCUCCGACUCUUACUUCAGGGCCUUUCUCCGGUGGGCAUGGACGUCAACAGUCAAAUUCUUCUUCACGUACCUCGCCGGGGAAGCUCACUACCAAACGCACUCGUCGGCGGGUUGCCGCCAGCCCGCCUAGGCAAAGUUCGCCUCCGCAGAUUGCUUUGCCGCCUGCUCCCAGCGUGCCUUGGAAUCCUAUGGUCCCACUCAGGAACGACAUUCUGAGAAACCGACAUGAACAACGGAUCGAUCCGCCGUUGCCCGAAAUUUCUGCAGCCGAUCACAAAGUCUUUCACGCCCGCAUUAAGCGGCAACCUCUUUGCAACAACCACCAGCUGCGUGGUGAAUGCCCUGCAAAUGGAUGCAACUUCGAUCACAGCCCUAUCACCCCUCAAGAGCUGCUGGUGCUCAUGCACAAGGCUCGCGAUUCUCCAUGUCGGCUGGGCAACGAUUGCGUCGACUUUGGCUGCCCUCACGGACAUCACUGCCGUUCGAGGGUCCUGGGUCCAACCCAUCAUAUCGAACAUGGCCGCUGUCGCUUCAGGAACCAACACUUGGACGUUACGAGCCUCGAAGUCGACGAAAGCAAAAUCAUCUACUGCCAAGAAGCCGAUGCAAACACGAAGAAGGCUGCCGCCGCGCGCAUGGCUCGGCAGAGCCCUCCAACGUUCCCUAGUGACUCAGACGUGUGGGCGUGA